AUAAAAACACACUCCUCCUCACCUAGAAGUCUAAUCUGGAGUUUCAUUCACCACAAAGCAGCAUGGGGCUUGUUUUUUGCUGGGGUUUAUUUGCUUGUCUUGUGGCAGUGGUCACUCCUUCGGCUACACAGUGUCCGGAUAAAGACCUGUCCAUCGUUGGGGGGACUUACACUCUGACUCAAAAUUUUGAUGAGGACAGUGUUCUGCACUACCAGUGUCCAGCAGGUCAUUAUCCUUAUCCUCAUAAGAAACGCCAGUGCCGUGAUGGGGCAUGGGACCCAAAGCCCAGGAGAAGACCUGUACAGGAGUGUCGGGUGGUUACGUGUCCCAAUCCCCUGGUGCUGGAGAAUGGUAACGUGUCCCCAUAUCAGCCGCGGUAUUAUGUGGGAAAUGUCACUGAAUACGCGUGUCACUCUGACUACACACUCCGAGGCUCGUCCACUCGACGCUGCAAAGAAAAUGGGAAGUGGACUGGUGUGACACCCAUCUGUGGUCGUGACACCGACCAUUGUCCAGAUCCUGGUAUUCCCGCCGGUGCAAGCAGAACCGGGCAUAUCUUCAACAUCGACGACAAAGUCACAUACCGCUGUGAUAGACCCCUGAUUUUGCUAGGUUCCAAACAGCGCGUGUGUACGGAGGGCGGGCAGUGGACCGGGAAGGAGCCGGAAUGCUACUAUGAUUACACGUACGACACACCUGAGGAAGUUUCGGAGGCGUUCGGAAACUCGCUUGGGAACAGCCUUGCGGUGUCUGAGUUUGAGGGACUAAAUCGUACUCAGUUUGGAAGGAAAAUCCAACUGAGAAAGGGUGGAAAUCUUCACAUCUACAUCGCUUUGGAUGCAUCAGAUAGUAUAGAUCCAGACGAUUUUGAACAGUCAAAACGAAUCGUUAAGAAACUCAUUGACAAGAUCAGUGUGUAUGAGGUCACGCCUAAGUAUGAAAUUUUUAUUUUCGCCACUGAAGUUUUCGAAGUCGUGGACAUCGUGGACUUCUACAAUAAUCCAGAUAAAACUCUGGCAGAAAUGUUGAAGCAGCUUGAUGAGUUUGAUUAUGAUGACAAGGGCGAUGCAUCGGGAACCAAUAUCGCCAGAGCCUUCUCCACUAUUCAUGGAAAGAUGACUUUCGUAAAGCAAAGAGAGCCUGAGUUUGAUGACAUCCGCCAUGUCAUCAUUAUGUUCACUGACGGUGUGGCCAACAUGGGCGGGAAACCCAGACCAAAGGUGGAGCAGAUCAAAGAGCUUAUCAUGAAAGGCAAUCCAGAGCGGGAAGAGUAUCUCGAUUUAUAUGUGUUUGGAGUUGGUGAAGAUGUGCAGCAGGAAGAUGUGGAUGAAUAUGUGACCAAACGUCCAAAAGAAAAACAUUUCUUCAUUCUCAAGGACCUGAAAAACCUGGAGGAGACUUUUGAUGAAAUGAUUGAUGAGAGCAGCAGUGUAGAUUUAUGUGGAACCAUCUGGAACUACGACUCCACCAACCCUGAGGAAAAACGUAUAAAGCACCCCUGGCUGGCCGAAAUUUCUGUGAUUCGUAGCUUAGGACAACCAAUCAGUAACUGUAUGGGCUCUCUGGUGACUCCUCGAUUUGUGCUGACAGCUGCACACUGCUUCAACUUUCUUGACACACCAGACAAAAUUAAAGUUAUCAUCGAGGAUGGCACCAGUAGUAGUAAAAAUGUAAAAAAUUUAUUCCUUCAUCCAAAAUUCAACAUCACUGCUAAAAAAGACAAAGGCAUCAAUGAGACUUACGACUAUGAUGUAGCCCUCCUAGAACUGGAGAAACACGCCACGAUUUCCAGGAGAAUAAGACCCCUCUGCAUUCCGUGCACUGAGGAGACCAGCCGUGCUCUGAGGUUGUCAGGCGAUGUGACGUGUGAGAAACACAGAGAAGCAUUACUGAGUAAGAAAUUGGAGCCCGCUGCUUUCAUGACAAAGGAUAACGCAGACAUAAAGCAGAAGAAUGUGACCAUCAAGCUCGGAGAUGCUAGACCGGCUUGUAUUGCAGAUGCCAAAAGCGUGAUCAAAGGUGUUACAGAUAAUGAAAUUGCCAAAAUCACCGAGCAGUUUCUGUGCAGUGGCGGAACUGAGCCAGAAGUGGAUGACAUUUCUUGCAAGGGUGAUUCUGGAGGAGCCGUGGUCAUGGAAAGACACUCUCGUGUAAUCCAGGUGGGAAUCGUUAGCUGGGGCGUGGCAGAUCUCUGUAAGGAGAAAGGAGAGAAGCUUCCUCAGUCUGAGGAACACACCCGAGACUUCCACAUAGAUCUCUUCAAAGUGCAGGACUUUCUGAGGAAACAUUUGGGCCAAGCUGAUGCUGAUUACACUCCUCUAAGUUUUUUGUCUUAGCAGAGAGAGAGAAAGAGAUGGAGUGAAUUGGUUUAAGUGAAUCCUGUCUUCUAUAUAGUGCACCUGUCUGACAUACAAAUGUCACCUGCUGUUUGUAACCUGUCCUGCCCUUUUGCUUGCUGCAACACUGAAAAGUCAAACUAGAAUCUGUUUUUUUUUUGUUUUGUUUUGUUUUGUUUUUGUUGUUGUUGUUAUUUUACCACAUCAUAUUUCUCCUAGCCUUUUCAGAAUGUGAAGCAAUAAAAUAUUUUUCAUUCA